GAAAUGAGGACAGUCGAUGAGGACGACUCUGAUCUGGAAGUCCCUCCCGAAGCUAUUCUUCUGGACAGUGAUGACGAGCUUGUAGAGGUUGCCCUCAAAGAUACUGCGGAUUUAGCCAGGUCCGAGGCAGCAAGCUCAACCGACCCAGUCGCCUUAUCGCGGCAACAGCAAAAAUUGGAUCAUUUGCGUCAUAAAACUAAGGUGAUGAUAGAAAUGGCUCGUAUAGAUGAGAAGGGACAGUGCCGAGGGAGACGUAUCCGAGCUUUAGACACACCAGGACAUCAUCGGAGGAAGAAUUCUAAAGGCGCUUUGGCUUUUCGGGCUGGUAAACAUCUACGCAAAGCUCAAAAUUCUUCCUCUCUCGCAUAG